CAUAAUUAAUUGCACUUUGUACGCUAUCGUCACGACAUACGCUCAUGCAUACGUUUAUGACUUUUGAGGGGACUUUUUUUUUAUUAUUUUGUUUUACCGCCGCGGAGGUAUAGAGGUUAGAGCGUUCGCCCCGCAUGCGGAAGGCCGGGGUUCGAAUCCCAACCGCGACAAACCUAAGUCGUUAAAACAGGUAGUGACAUUUCCAUCGCCAAACGCUCGGCAUCAGGUGUGAAUGUCACGGGUCCUCGAAGAUGACCUUAAAAACGAAUGUCUCGUGUCACAGUAGGUGUGGCACGCUAAAGAACCCUCACUGCUCAAUGGCCGUAAGCGCCGAGGAAAGGCCUAAAUUUGAAGCUCUUUAUCGGUUUUGGUGACGCCGGUCUCCAUAUGAGUAGAAAUUCUCGAGAGAGACGUUAAACAAGAUACAGUCUAAAAUCUAUUAUUUUUAAAAAUAAUCUUCAAUCCUAAAAGCUUCUGGUGUAAAUCUACAUAAAUGAACUCCCAUCAGUAUUCUCAGUACUUUGAUUGUUAUAAGCAGUCCCCCAUUAGCACCAAGGUACAUGUAAUAACUAUGUAUACACUGGAUCCAAACAGUGAUAUUGCUCUACAGAUGCCCACCUUCACUCCAUCAUUUGGCAACUGUCCAGGCAUAACCUACAGCACAGGACACGUGGAACACGGAGGACACGGUGUAUCUCUGAGGAUUUUCCACCGUGGUCUUUCCACGGUGGGGUGUAGAAAACUCGUGUCGUGUACUGUAACAUAAAUCUAAACAAUGCCCAUUCUAAUAUGGAAACGUAAAUAUAACGAACAGUGUCGCAGAUAAAUCUUUUAACUCCUAUAAAGAAUACAAAAUUAAGAGUAUAGGGCAAACACGAACCCCUGUUAAACUCCACCUGCGAUGCCAUUCUAUUGUUUAAGCUCUCCAUUAUUCAUGAGAGAGUUUCAGAUAACUACUUAGUAUAUGUAGUAAUGUUCUGUCGAGUUAAAUUUGAUUAUUUAUAAACAAGUUUCCCCUACCCCCCUCUGUCACUAUCGAGCUUAAAAAAUAAGUUUUAAGAGAAUGUACAUAGCAAAGCUGGGAAUUGAACCUAAUGAAUGUCCGAAGCUCUAUCAGCUGAGCCGCUGAGGACAUUAACAACCUUAGCACCGUACACGGUACAUAAUACGCCCGUGAAAGUGCUUACAUAGGAUGUUUAAUUUUCUUCAGCCAUAAUUUGUAGAAAUUUGCUUCAGGUAGUAUCAGGUUGUGACAUACUUUUUUGCAUAAUAUGAAUAAAGGGUCUUAGUUUAAAACUGUGACAGAGGGCAGAUAGACCAACCAAGGGUUCUCUGUGUAAAAUAUUCCCCCAAAUUUGACCAAGUUCAACAGCUUCUCAAUAUCUAAAACGUCAAAGAAAAUAAAAAAUAAAUGCUGAGAAUUAAUAUUCUUCCACUAUGCACAUCUUCAAGUUAUUUACAACUACCAUAGCUUCUAAACUGUGAGAGAAAUUAUAAGGACAAACAAUGUCCUUUAUUUUAUGUAAUACAUGUAUUUCCUCAAAAUAGAGUAAGUUCAACAACCUGUAAUUUUCUUAAGUAUUGAGGAAAAUCAAAAUCCUUGCCACAUGUACAUCUUCCAUACCCGUUCAAAUACUCCGUAAAAUAAGAAGGUCCCCACUUGAAACUGUGGAAGGAAAAAUUUAAAGACAAAUUAUUCAAUAAUUACUCAAAACUGAUUAGGUUCAAUAACUUGUAAUUUUCUUUAAAAUAAAAAUCGAAGAAAAGCACAAUUCUUACCUUAUGCACACCUUCAACACCCAUAGAAACACUUUGUAAAAUAAGGUUCUCAUUUAAAAACUGUGGGAGAAGUUCCUCGAGCAAACCAUGUAAUCUCCUUGUAAUAUUUUCUCAAAACUGACUAAGUUCAAUAACCUGUAUUUUUCUCAAAAAUUUAAGAAAAUUAUAAUUUCUUGCCACGUGCACAUCUUCAAUAUCCAUACAAACAUUCUGUAAACAAGAUGGUUCUCACUUGAAAAUUGUGGGAGGAGUUUACCGGACAAAUUAUGUACCUUCCAUAUAACAAUUAUUUUCAAAUAAAGGGGCAAAACUCCUGCAAAAGAGGUCAAAAUGGACCGAACUUGCAAUUAUGAUCUAGAAUGAUCCACAAAGAUGCAACAUAGCAAGCUUCAGCUUGAUAUGUGACAGAGAAAUGAAAUUAGAAACAGAAAACCCCGAAUUGACGGACGGACGGACGCACAGAGACAUCAAUGUACCAUAAUAAAGACGUAUAAAAUCAAGCAAUAGAUGUUUCAUAUGACAAAACUCUUUACUAGUAUCAUAUACAAUUCUAAUAUAUUUAAUAGUAUUUCUUUAGUUAAUGGAGAAAAAAUCUCCAAUGAGUUACAAUUAUAGUUAGAUUUAAACUGGGGAUGGAUUUUAAGUCGGUCAAUGUCCUCGUUCCUCUCCAUUCCUUAAAACAAUGGACCUUGACCCCCCCCCCCCCCCCCCCCCCCCCCUUCGAGGUCUCGGCUCCAUUACUUUUACGGAAUGGAGAGGUACUCGGACAUUAACCUAUACGAAAUACCAGGGGUGGAUUCAGGAGUCUAGGGCGCUCCAGAUUCUAUUAUUCAAUUCAUUUAGAAGUUCUUACAUUAUCUAUAAGGUUUGUUGGUUGGUUUAAAAUAUUUUCCUCCAUUUCUUGGACUAUCGUUUUGUUAAAAACGUAGAUCUGCGUGUACUGUAAAAUGGUCCAUGGAAAGUAAAAAGAGCCUGGAGCACCAUGCAUGUUUUUUUUUUUUUUUAGACCUUAUAAUCAUAGAAUUAAUUCACUGUAACUGGGUAAAAAAAAAAAGCAGAUAAAUAAAAGAUUUAAUCAAAAGGUUAAAAAGAUUGAGGUUAAUUAUGUACAACGGUCCAAGAAAUUGAAAAGACUAUUCACAAAUGCAGUGUAUUACUAAUUUUCGUUUAAAUUAUAUGUGUUUAAAAGAAAAUGAGAUGUGCCAAACACUAGAAAGUAUUUGAUAGUAUUCAGAAUUAACUUGUGAAUUGAAAAAAAAAUCUGCUUUAAACAAACUUUUACUUGUAUAUUUAACCUAUGUUUACAAACAAAACACGUCACGAGCCUUGUUUAUAUAACAUGACAUUGUGAGCUCUGUAUCUCUCAUGUAUCUUGACAACUGUUAUUGAAAUUUUUGCUAACUAUUAGAAAUAUCUUAGUUAAGCAUUCUAAACAUUUUAGGCUCAAAUCGUGUCCAUGUCCCUUUAAAGUGAAUUAUCUUCUUGUAAGUGAAUAUUCAGAAUAUUUAGCUGCGCAUCGUUUACAACUGCAACACAUUCAUGAGGAAGUGACUAUCAUUGGGAUUUGUAGAGGAACCCUCGGCCGAUUAUGUAAUCGGCAAAGAGUGAGGAAAAUUCGAUCGGGUUCAGGAUUCAAUUUAAACGGAAUUAAAACAUAUCACAUACGAUACAAAUCACUAAAAGAUGGAAAGCGAAGACAGUCUUGUAGAGGACGAUUUACAACCUCAGGCGUUUGCUAUCAACAAUGAAGACAAUGAUGAUUUUGAUCUAAACAUUCCUCCCACCUCUGGGAACGAAUACCUACGUAGAGUAAGGGAGGAAGCUAAGGACUGCCCCCAGAUCGUUGUAGCAGAUAUUGACACCUCCCCGUUUCUACAGAGGCAGACAGUCAAGAUAAGAGAAUAUGGUGGACGAUUUCCUGCACCAAAGGGAUACACCCCUGACUUACAAUGGCAGAAGUUACAAACGGCCCACUUUGCUGAGCUUCGUCAGAAACUUCAGAGACAAAAAGUACUGAUGGCCAAGAAAGGUUUACUGAAGAGAGAUAAAUUGCCUCAGUGUAACGAUGUGGAGGGUUGGUGUCGACUCUGUUUUGGCAGACUUCAGCCACCAGGGGUCUCUCAGAAAGAGGUCAAAGCAGAGGUCAUCAUGGAGGAAGAGGCAAAACCAAAGCAUGAGGGAGUCUUACCCCUGAUGAGCAUUGUGGCAGCUUUAGACCAGCCAUCAGUCAUUAAGGUUUUAGAAUAUCACAUCAACUGGUUUGAAGCGACGGGAUUUUCAGACAAGCAGGGUAUGUGGUUCUACGCCCUGCUUCUCAGCUUGCAGAAGCCCCUCUCUCCCGAGGCCUGCGCACUCAUCAGAUCUCUGGCCCGUAGCUGUGGGAACCUCAGAGCCACACUAGAGAGUCCCGAGGAUCCACGCUUGGUUCCUUUAAACCUAUUUAUCUGUCUCGUAGCUCUGUAUUUUGACCAAUCAGAUUUAGCGGACCCAGGCACGUGAUGCACUUUAAGAAAUAAGUAUGUGCCAAACUUAUUCCCACAGAGCUGGAUCCAGUUGAUGUAGAGAGAAGCACUCCAGAUCAAAUGUGCAAUUAUACAAGGAUUGUUUUGACAGCUAAUGAUGGCAAAGGAAGAGUGGAUGGAAAUAAAGCUGCUUGUUAAUGCAUCAAAAGAUCACAUUGUACAUACUCAUCUGAAAUCUUGAUUCAAUUAACAGCUUUUAUCGUGUUGGCUCAGGUUGUGCCAUUUUUACUUCCAUGAGAAUUGAGAAUAAAUAUUAUUUGUU